CACACACACAAAGUAUUCUUUUUCAUUUGUUUAUUCUGUUUUGAUUGAAAUUUAUCUAACAAAAUUCAUUCGAUCAAUUAACAUCAAAGAUGUCUGAUCAAGAUGAUUUCAUGUGUGAUAAUAGCGAUGAUAGCUAUGAUUUGGAAUAUUCUGAAGAUUCCAAUUCUGAACCCGAUGUUGAUUUAGAGAAUCAAUAUUAUAAUUCUAAAGCAUUAAAAGAUACACCGGAAAAAGCAUUGGAAAGUUUUCAACAAGUAUUGGAUCUGGAAAAUGGUGAAAAAGGUGAAUGGGGAUUUAAAGCAUUGAAGCAGAUGAUUAAAAUUAAUUUUCGACUCGGCAACUAUGAAGAAAUGAUGCGACGUUAUAAAAUGUUAUUAACAUAUAUAAAAAAUGCUGUCACUCGUAAUUAUUCGGAAAAAUCAAUCAAUUCAAUAUUGGAUUAUAUAUCGACAUCAAAACAGAUGGUUCUGUUGCAGAAUUUCUAUGAAACAACAUUGGAUGCAUUGAAAGAUGCUAAAAAUGAUCGUCUUUGGUUCAAAACGAAUAUAAAGCUUGGAAAAUUAUAUUAUGAAUGUAAAGAUUUUAAGAAAUUGUCUAAAAUUCUUAAACAACUACAUCAAUCAUGUCAAAAUGAUGAUGGUAGUGAUGAUCUGAAAAAAGGUACACAACUAUUGGAGAUUUAUGCAUUGGAAAUUCAAAUGUAUACGGAACAGAAGAAUAAUAAAAAAUUAAAGAAACUUUAUGAAAAAUCAUUAUGCAUCAAAUCGGCCAUUCCACAUCCACUGAUAAUGGGUGUGAUUCGUGAAUGUGGCGGUAAAAUGCAUCUACGUGAAGAUGAAUACGAUAAAGCACAUACGGAUUUUUUCGAAGCAUUCAAAAACUAUGACGAAUCCGGCUCGCCAAGACGAACGACUUGUCUUAAAUAUUUAGUUCUAGCCAAUAUGUUAAUGAAAUCCGAUAUAAAUCCAUUUGAUUCUCAAGAAGCUAAACCAUAUAAAAAUGAUUCAGAAAUAUUGGCAAUGACCAAUUUGGUGAAUGCAUAUCAAAAUAAUGAUAUACAUGAAUUUGAAAAAAUUAUUCGUCAAAAUCGUCGUACCAUAAUGGAUGAUCCAUUCAUCAAAGAACAUAUUGAAGAUUUAAUGUGUAAUAUUCGUACACAAGUAUUGAUCAAAUUGAUUAAACCUUAUACACGUAUACAAAUACCAUUCAUAGCGAAAGAACUGAAUAUUGAUGUUUCGGAUGUUGAAAGUUUACUUGUAUCCUGUAUAUUGGAUAAUGUGAUCAAAGGACGUAUCGACCAGGUGAAUCAGGUGCUUGUAUUGGAAAAUUGUCGCCAAGAAGAUCAAACACGUUAUCAGGCAUUGGAAAAAUGGGCUAAUCGUUUAUCGAAUCUACAACAGGCAAUUGUAUUUAAAGUUUAACAAAUGAUAAUGACCACCACCAAUCACAAACAUGAAAAAUAAAAUUGAAAAAUAUUUUUUUAUUUUAA